CAGAACGCAAAACCACUUUUAUUCUUCUUCUUCUUCUUUUUUGCCCCGCUCGCUGGGGUUCUAGAAUUCUCUCAGAAGCUCCUCCUUCUCUGAUGCAUUCAAGCUUUCAAGGGUUUUAUCUAGUCUGCGUAUUCCUGUUGAUUUUUGUGAUUAGUUCCUUUGAUUUUGAGGCUCUUCAAGGGUGUUUCUUUUCUAAGAUUCAACCAUGCCUGCUCUUGUCAAUUGCGGUGGUGAUGAUGAAUUCUAUUCAGGGGGUUCCUUUCAUGCAAAUUCCAUGGAAAUGGGUAGACCGUGCUCAAUUAGUUCCCAUGUGGAUGUUUACUUCCGUCCUUGUAAGAGAGCUCGAAUUAGUGCCCCAUUUCUGUUUGGAGAAACUGACUUUGAGCAGUCUAAGCAAUCAUCCAUUUCUGUUCUUCCCGAUGAAUGCCUAUACGAGAUCUUUAGACGCCUACCUGGAGGCCAAGAAAAGAUCUCCUGUGCUUCUGUCUCAAAACAUUGGCUUAUGCUUCUGACCAGUAUUCGCAAGGGUGAAUUUUUCAAGUGCAAAAACGAUGAGUCAUCAAAGGUGGAUGAGGAGAUCUCUGUUUCUGAUGAUGUGGAAAUGAUCUCAACUGAUGAAGAUGAUGGGUGCCUUACCAGGUGCUUGGAAGGGAAGAAGGCUACUGAUUUGAGACUUGCUGCAAUUGCUGUCGGAACAAGUGGUCAUGGGGGGUUGGGAAAGCUUUCAAUUAGGGGGAGCAACUCUUCUCGUGGAGUGACAGACUUUGGUCUAUCAGCAAUAGCCCGUGGUUGCCCUUCUCUCAAGGUGCUCUCUUUGUGGAAUGUUCCACGCAUCGGGGAUGAAGGCCUGUCUGAGAUAGCUAAAGAGUGUCAUUCCUUGGAGAAGCUUGACCUUUGCCACUGUCCUUCCAUUUCCAAUAAAGGUUUGAUUGCAAUUGCGGAGAAUUGUCCCAAUUUGACAGCUUUAGAGAUUGAAUCUUGUUCAAAAAUUGGUAAUGAGGGUCUGCAAGCUAUUGGAAAGCUUUGCCCCAGACUGCAGUCCAUCUCGAUCAAAGACUGCCCGCUUGUUGGGGAUCAAGGAGUAUCUUGUCUGUUCUCAUCAGGAUCUUCUUCUCUUACAAAGGUUAAGCUUCAGGCCUUGAACAUCACAGAUUUCUCCCUUGCUGUUAUAGGGCACUAUGGCAAGUCUGUGACAAAUUUAGUCCUCAGUGGUCUGCAAAAUGUGACUGAGAAGGGAUUUUGGGUCAUGGGUAAUGCUCAGGGUUUGCAAAAGUUGAUUUCCUUGGCAAUUACUUCUUGUCGCGGGGUAACAGAUGUGAGUCUUGAAGCCAUGGGAAAGGGUUGUGCAAAUCUGAGGCAGAUGUGCCUUCGGAAGUGUUGCUUUGUUUCAGACAAUGGACUGGUGCCUUUUGUCAAAGGUGCAGGAUCACUUGAGUGCCUGCAACUGGAGGAAUGCAAUAGGGUCACACAAUCUGGGAUUGUUGGUAUCCUUUCAAACACUGGACUGAAGUUGAAGUCCCUUGCCCUAGUCAAGUGCAUGGGAAUCAAGGAUGUCGCUUCUGAAACUCCAUUUUCCUCUCCUUGCAGUUCUCUUAAAUCCUUGUCUGUGCGUAACUGUCAAGGAUUUGGGAGUGGUAUCCUGGCUACAGUAGGAAAAUUAUGCCCUCAGCUUCAGCAUGUGGAGCUCAGUGGGCUUUGUGGAAUCACAGAUGCAGGUCUUCUCCCACUGCUGGAGAGUUGUGAGGCAGGGCUCGUGAAGAUGAAUCUUAGUGGCUGCUUAAAUUUGACAGAUGAAGUUGUGUUGGCCUUGACUAGGCUACACGGUGCAACUCUUGAGCUACUCAAUCUUGAUGGUUGUAGAAGGAUCACUGAUGCAAGCUUGGUAGCAGUUGCUGACAACUGUCUUUUUCUAAGUGAUCUUGAUGUGUCAAGAUGUGCAAUCACGGAUUUAAGCAUUGCAGCCUUGUCUUCUGCAGAGCAACUCAGUUUGCAAGUUCUUUCCUUGUCAGCUUGUUCUGGAGUUUCAAACAAGAGCAUCCCUUUCCUAAAAAAAUUGGGCAAGACCCUGAUUGGUUUGAAUCUUCAAAACUGCAAUUCACUCAGCUCUAGAACUGUUGAGCUGCUUAUGGAGAGUUUGUGGAGAUGUGAUAUCCUUUUCUGAUCAAGGAUAAAGGAUGUCUAACCAGGUCGGGUAGAACACUACAGUAAUAAUCAGCUCACGUGGGUAGCAGCAUUAAGCAAAGUUUUUGGUCCAUCAAACCAGACUGUGGAGGGCUCCGUGGCUCAUUUACUUUUUCAGGGAAUUAUGGCAGAUGACUUCAUCCAUCUUUUUGCAGGCUUCCUUUGCAUGAGGAAGCCUGUUUGAACUUUUUAGCCCUCUCUUCAUAGAGGGCUGCAUUUUUCAUAGCCAUGAUUCCCAAACUCAGUUACCAAGUCACGGUUUUGGCUUCCCUAUACUGGUUUGAAUUUGCUAGAACUCUCCUAUCUGGUGUGUUGCUUUGUAGUGCACCAGAUGGUUUGUUUUGAGUCUGUUGUCUUAGCUGUGGUUUUCUCUUGUGAGUCUCUCUGGUUGCUUGAAACAGUUUAUGUUUUGAGUGCUGCAGAUUAGCGGUGGUUACAACCUUGGUUUUGGUUGUUUUUUGUUCUGUUUUUCAUGUCCUAGUUCUGCAGGCUUCUCUUGUAUAUGAAAUGUACUCUGCAACUACUUGGCUACUUAGCAAUAAAAAUUCAAUAUUUGG